GGAAAUGAAGAAUAAGAUCAAAUUGGGAUUUCGGUCACCGGAACAUUAUGCCGGGGGGUAGACGUUUAUCAUGCUGCCGCAUCUGCGCUACGAACUCAAUUAUGCAGACUACUCUCAUGUUGCACUUAAAUUAUCUGGACCAGUUAUAUACUUCAUAUCUUCUCUACUUCUAUACAUUUCCGCAGUUUCCUUUCCUGCAGUUGUCCGGAAUUCUUGUCAGAAAUCCUUGCUGCAUACAUAUUAUGUUUAUGCCCCACCCUGGAGCCACACCACAGAAUUAGAGCAAUCAACAAAUACUCGCACACUGCACCUGCAAAAUGGACUCUAUUCCUAGUCUUUUCAAUAAAGUUCAUGGCAUGUCACCGAACAUCGUUCCUCAUUUCGAUCAUCAUUUUACCACUUGAUGAACGAUUCUGUCAAAAUCAACGACAAUGGGUAAAAGGGACGACAUAUGUUCCUUUCUUGGCUAUGAAAAAGAUAACCCUACGAAAGAUCGUCGGAAUCUAUUAAAAUCUACUUCUGCCUUUUUGGCCGACUACGAAGCUCGUGGGAACAAGGUGUAUGGUCGAAAGGCCGAGUCUAUUGGAAGUCGACUAUGUGCUGUGAAUUUUCUCGAAGAAGAAGGCAGAGGGGAGAGGUUUUGGCCACCAACAUCAGAUGGAAGCCUGGUUUACGAACAAGCUCGUGAUAAAAAAAUUAUCAUCGAUCAUGUAGCCGACCUAUUUCUCAUCCACGCAAGAUCCAACUAUAGCAAAUUGCAUGCGAAACGGAGGUGCCAAAAACACAAUGUUGCCUCCCCACCAUCAAAUGUUAACAAUGAACAUAUUAGCAACAAACCCUCGGCCUCGAGUACACCUGAAGAAACGUACCUGGAAGACGAAGAGCCACAAUUUACUUAUAGUUCGUCUUUAAUGACCAUUAAGCCAGAGUUGUGCCUUACACCAUGGUUAGAUCCGCCAAAAAGGUUUGAUCGUAACGUGGCUAUGCCGUGGGCAGAGCGUAUUGACCCCAAAAACCUUCCAGAUCCACCGGUUCGAUUGGGGAAGGAUUGGUUGUCACAGAAGAGUGUACAAUGGCCCAGUGCAGUUGAUAAGGAAAUUCAGUACUUUAUGCAUAGAUGGCUGUUUUAUUACACACCUGAUCUAGAGAAUGGCGCAGAUGACGGAAUUCAAAGCCUCGUGAGUCUCUUGAGGAAGAAAGAGGGUCCAAGUGCGGAGCUUGACGGCACGCAACUUCGAGAAUUCAGAAAGCGAAUUAUCGAUAGAGUAAAACAUUGGACAGAGACAUUCAUCAAUCAUCAGUUUAUCGAAUUACAAGGCGACGGUGUUCCUCAGAUGAGUGCAAGAUUUCGCGCAAUAUGGACCACCCUAAAGUAUGACACACCUACUCCACGCGUCAGUAAUCGAAGACGUAGUGUUGAAGAAGAAUUGCCGCCAGAGACCCAUCGCAAGCGACGAAAACUUUCGAAGAAAUCCGAAGACAAUGCACUAGAUAGUAGUAGAUCAAAGAGAAAACCAUGGACCGAGAAUGCAUGGAGACGCAAGACAAUUCCACCCCCCGCGGACAUGACAUUCCCGAAUCUUAUAUCUAGAAAAAGCUCUAACAUCGAUCCCGUGACUGUGAUGGUGACGGCUGGGGAAAAUGUUAACGAAGAAAGUAAUGAAGAGAGGUUUCAAAAGUUGGAAGUGCAUGAAGUACCUGAGCACACGAUCCAAAAUUCAAAAAUCUCUGUCGAAAUACCUUUACCUUGCAAAAGCAUAUCUAACAAAGCUGAUGUAUUUAUCAAGAUGGAAGAGGAAUCGACGAUAGAGGUGUCACAGCUAGGGACGACAGUAACCGAAUUAUCGGACGAUAAUCGAUUCAGCGAAGCAAAAAGAGUAGCAGUACCUACCAAAGGGGUAGUCAUCAAAUCCCCAUCUCCAAAUCCAGAUGAUACAGUUACACUUGAGACAACGCCUCCACAUGUGCAGGACAACAUACAAGGGCCCGAAGCCAAGUCAAUUCUCUCACAUCAAUCAAGCAAUACGUCAGAAGGUCGAAAUCUCUCACCACAAUCUGAAUUGCUGGAUACCAUUGUCAUGCCAAACCAAUCAUCGGAAACGAUCGCAGAUGGUCCACUAAUUGACAAAGUUGUCGGUGCUCAAGCAGAAGUAAUUGACUCUCAGUUAUCAACCCGGAUCGAGCAUCCGAGUCAACUUUUACAGACUGCAGAUGUACGUUCAUCUCCAAAAGUCAAAGAAGAUCUUGAACUUCGUAUCGAAGUGAGCACUCAGCCGAUUGAGCUAGACGGGGAAGACUUUACAAAAGGGCCGACCCCAAAGCAAUUGGAAGACCAGGUUGAUGAGCCUCGAAGAGCCGUCCCAACAAUUCAUCAAAUUAUAAUGGAGAAUGAUGAUCGCAAUACCUCUGAUUCUAUCACCCCACCAGAGACUCUAUCAUCAGAAAAUUCAAAAAAAUGCGGCCCUUUCAACGACACCAAGAUUUUGAACCAGCUUUUCUCGUCCAAUGCUUCCCGAGCCAUCGAUACCCAACGAACCCGUGGCACUUCCAGUAUUUCACCAACAUCAAGCGCUGAUAUGCAUACGCAUGAAAUGGACAAGAAUCUCUUUCCCAGAACCACAACCCAGAAUAGUGUAUUGCCACGUGCCUCGCCAUCGAUCGAGCUUGCUCCAAAAGAAAGUCCUCCUGAAAAACUCUCACACCAGGGCGAUAUAAUUACAGUCAAUAAUGCAUUCACAGAGGGUUUGAGCAAUUUGUCACAAAUUCCAAAGACUGCCAAGCCUCAAUCUGGUCAUUCCAAUCAAAUUCCCUCGUUAGAUGUUCUAGAAACGAGCCAGAAAUCAUUCGAGAGGAAUGAUUCUAAUUUGACACGAACCCCCUUGCCGUCAGGUCCAUUGACGUCGGAGACCGGCCAGGAAACGUCAACUCUAUUGCCUAUUGUCAGGCAAUCUACAACAACCAUAUCAGACUACCCCAAGUCAGACGUAUCGUCUCCAGUACUACCUCAAAAUCCUGUCCAGGAACCUCAAGCAGCUUUCCGUGAUCCAUUGGUUUCAGGUUUUCAACCUAUAAAUCGACCGAUGUCAAGUCUUGCUUUGCAAUCUUCCCCUGCCCCCAUAUCCCAAAGUUCCGCGGGGGUAUAUAAGUCAUCGAUUGCACCACAACAAGUUCGAGAUCAACGACAAAGCAAGCAGAUGAAUGAGACACCAAAACAAAGUGAAGCCAUAUUCCCGCAAAUUAUUACACGCGAACCUGGCAGGUCAUCAGAGCCCUCUUGGACCCGGAACGUACAUCUCAACUCAUAUCCAGUGAACUCUCAGAAUGGCGUCUACCCCAUGGCAUUUGUUAGUAAACCGACAGCAUCAAAAAACGACAUUUGGAUGCAAGAAACUUCACGAAAAAGGCAAUUGGAGCAAACGAAUACCAAGCCUCGAAAAACAAAGUCAAGAAAGAAGUCAACGCCAUGCGAAAAGCCGACUAUGGAAUCUGGCACUGCUCAGUAUCCACUGGCUUCGUCAGCUCCCGCGAGCCAAAAUACAACACCUUCUGUGAUUCAAAUACAAUCUCCGCGACAACCUGAAUAUGACCAAAAGCGUUCUCCUAAGCCACCGCAUCCAGAACUCAUCAAUCAUCUGAGAAUUAUGGACGAAAAGAUGGGUACGAAUUCUGGUGCAUCUUAUCAGUACCAUCUUAAGACCACAAACUCUCCUUCAAUAAUCUCAAAUCAACAGUCGAAUAAUCAUGGUCGGAAUAUGGAUCAGAGUAGGACGAACAAUUAUGAUUCCAGGCAAGAGAAUAGUAUCUCGAAUCAGAUCGUCUCGCAAGAACAGGUGCAUUUAAAUCGAAAGAGGUCGUCAGAGGAUUGGAGUAAUACUAAGAGUCCUGUGGGUAUGCAUCACUCGACUUCUGUUGGGUCUCCAGCACAAUCUCAGCGAACUUCCAGCAUGUCGCAAAAACGAACGUCAAUCCCCGAAACUAUACAAAUCUCUCGUAUGGAGCAAGAGAGGUUCCAACACGGUAUGCAACAAAACAGAAGAUUGCCCAAUGCUGGAGAAAAUAAAUUUGAUUCUCAAAAUGGCAAGCAACAAAUUUCGAACCUCCCCAAACUCGACAUACAGAUCAAAAUAAACCCUGUGGCGUUUACAACUCAGAAUCAAGUACCGUCCAAGGAGAACGCUCAAAACAGAGCUGACAUUGAAAUUCGUAAUCAGUGGCCCGAUUCUGCACAUAUGGGUCAGUCCGAAUCCGUGCGUUUGCGGGAGGCAGAAGCGAGGCAUGGGGCUUCUAUUAAUAGUGGAACGGGGCGUAUAAUUUCCAAAAGCCCUUCGAUGUCAAGUCCUAAGACUUCGCAACAUCUCAAGGACUUACAGGGGACGCAAGACAGAGUUUAUAAUCAUGCCCAACAGUCAAACCCAGCACAAACCAAUCAGCAUCCCAGCCAACAGUCCCAAGGACCAAAGACUCACAGCCAGACUCAAGUCAAUUCUUCCUCUCCAGAAUUGUAUCGAUCCCAGGACCCAUGGUGGAACUCGUUAGCUACGGAUUAUAACAUAUCCACAAUUCCCAAACAACCAUCAAGAUAUGUCCCUCAAACUAGUACUAAUGUAUUACACAAUCGCACGAUGGCCAAUACUACCCCAGUCUCAAUAGUACCAAGUGCGUCACAGGUACAAGUAGGAAGUCAAGAGUCUCUACCUGACAUGAGACAAGCUGCACCCCAAGCAACAGAACGUCCGCAUUCCACGGGAAGUCAGGCCUCCAAAGUAUUUCACCAAACACCAGAGAGCCAACGCGUCAAGUACUCUUCGACAACGCCAGCUAAUACACAGAACUCACCACCGCAAAAUUACUCUGUCGAUGAAGAUGCGGCACAGCCGUCACAGACUCAAAUUUUUAAUCCAUCUGGUCAAAGUGCGCAAUCGCAAUUUGGUGUUCGACCCUCAACUUCCCAAAAUGAAUUCUCCAAGCAAGCUCCGAGUAAGUCAUCGAAUGAAAGCACGCCGUCACCAAGCAACCAGUCUCAUCAGCCUGUAACUCAACCUUCGAAUCGUCCCCUCACAUCUUCGAAAAGCCAAUACAAUAACAAUGCGACCAGUCAACAUUCUCAUACACAAGCGUCUAGCUUUCACCGUCAAGCCACCAACCAGCAUCACGUUCAGCCCGCUAUCAUCCAAAGUCCAGUGACACAAAAUCAGUUUGCCAAUCGCCCCCCUGCCCAAUUCUCUCCUGUACAGCCGUCGUUUCCCCAGAACCGAUAUACCGACCCAUCUCCAGUACAACAAGCUUCUACAGCUCCAGGCUCUUACACUCCAGAGCAUAAUGGGCAACAGAGAGCAACUUCACAAUAUCAGUAUCCGAAACGGCCACAGCAACCGCAACAGCCAGCUGAACCUCAAAUUACUUCGACACACGCACAGCAAAAUUUUUACAAUGAGCAGAAUCCUCAUGAUCGUACAAAAAGCACAUUCAAUGGCGCCAGUCCUCAAACGAUAAUGCAUUCAGUCAGUGCAUCUCCAAUGCAGUCCCCAAUAAAUCAGAUCCCUGCAUCUCAGCCGUCAUUGGCAACUACGAUGUCUGCUAUACUAAACCCUAGGCUUCCGCCAACACCGCCAACACCAGCUAUUGUUCUUGCUACUGGAUCAGAUCCCAUGUCAAAGUUCCCACCUAUUAAUCAAUCUAUGUCUGGAAACACUCCGCGACAACAAGCGUCUGCCAUUAUAACAACUCCGAAAAUUAACAACAAUUCUCAUCAUUACCAUCCGGCGACAUAUCCUCCACGGCAGCAAGCAACUGUUAUGAACUCUGCACCUAAGCUCGACACCACCUCUAAAUAUUCGCCCUCCGCUCAAUCUCUAGCUACGCCACAACAAACACCGACAACACCUCAUGGUGCAAGACCGAAACUCGAUUUCUAUCUCCAACGUUCCAGUUCCUUAAUUGACACUAGUAUAUCUUUCUCUUAUCAAUAUAUGGAAUCACUUUCCUUACCGAAUUUGUUUGCCUUUUUCUCCCAACGCUCCGGUAUACCUUCAGAGAGAUUAGACGACCUUACUUUCCGAUGCAUGUUUGGAGAGUAUCAACAAUUUGUGAUUGGAAAGAAUAUGGGAGACGGAGAAUGGAAGCGAGCUCGAAAGAGAAUAUGGAGGAAUUGGGACAGAGAUGUUAAAUCUGCGAAACAAAAUGGAGAUGAUGCAGAUGAAGAAUUUUGGGAAGUUAACAUUUUGAUUGGGAGGUGUGCAUAGAUGGCUGGCCGCAUUUUCCACCUCGAUUAAUUUCAUCCGUAUUAUAUAUUGUACAUACUGAUUAUAAAAUCUUUGAAUAUCUCAUUUGGAUGUCGACAGUGUCUCAAUUGACUGUUGUGAAGUCUUUCAUUGUAUGGACCACAUAGCAGGAUAUUCAUUGGUUUGCCUACCACCUCUAAACUACACUCACUGCAAGCCACGCCUCAGCCAGAGUCAGUAUUUUUACGCCUCCGGCAGCCAACCCGAGAUUGAUGUUUCGAAAAACGCCAAGGGGUGAGACUUACAACCGAUAUCCACUUUAGCCGAUAAACGUCGUUGUAACGAUGUCUACAGCCGUUAGCCGACAUCCGUUACAAUUUUAUGCCGUUACAUCGAAACAUUUCGAAAUAAAUUGAAAUGUUGGUGAUUCAAUAUUCUGCGCCCCUUCAAGAUCUCAACGUGCAUGAAACUAAUAGGUAAUACCGACCAGCAUAGAAAAUGUGACGAAUCUAUCAUCUGCCUAACAAUAAUACGCGUGAAGGCAACCCCA